GUUGGAGGCGGAGCGAAGGGCCGGGCGCGGCGGCAUCCUGCAGGGCGGCCAUCGCCGGGGCUCCAUGGAGAAGCGGGGCCCGGUGCUGCACAUCGUGGUGGUGGGCUUUCACCACAAGAAGGGCUGCCAGGUUGAAUUUUCCUAUCCUCCCCUAAAGCCUGGAGAAGGACAUGAGAGCCACAGUUUACCAGAAGAAUGGAAAUACUUGCCCUUUCUUGCCUUACCAGAUGGUGCUCACAACUAUCAGGAAGAUACCGUGUUUUUCCAUUUGCCACCGAGAAGUGGGAGUCGAACCACAGUAUAUGGCAUCUCUUGCUAUAGGCAAAUUGAAGCAAAGGCGUUAAAAGUACGGCAAGCAGACAUCACCCGAGAAACGGUGCAGAAAAGUGUCUGUGUUCUCAGUCAGCUGCCUUUGUAUGGGUUACUUCAGGCAAAGCUGCAACUCAUUACACAUGCAUAUUUUGAGGAAAAAGACUUCUCGCGAAUUUCAAUUCUAAAGGAACUUUAUGAUCAUAUGAAUAGUUCCUUGGGCAGUACUUUGCUAGAAGGGUCACAAGUUUAUCUUGGUCUGUCUCCUCGGGAUCUUGUUCUGCACUUUAGACACAAGGUCUUGAUUCUUUUUAAAUUGAUUCUUCUAGAGAAAAAGGUGCUGUUUUAUAUUUCUCCAGUAAAUAGGUUGGUGGGAGCUCUGAUGACUGUCCUGUCACUGUUUCCUGGUAUGAUUGAACAUGGUCUUACUGACUGCUCACAGUACAGGCCAAGAAAGAGCAUAUCAGAAGAUGCUGGCUUGCAGGAACAUACACCACAGUUAGAUGACUUUGUUUCUGCUUCUGCUGCUGCUAUUUCAAAUACAAACUUAGGAAUGGGAGAGGGAGGCAGGAAGAUAGCAGGAAGCCAUUCACUGGAAGGUCAAAAAGCAAAUGUGCCUUUCUCUCAGUCAGAGAAGACUUGGAAUGGAUCUCAGUCCUCCAAUGGUACUGUGCAGCACUUAAAAGUUCCUUCCCACACUUCUCCAGCGUCCUCUGAAAGUGACUGGGAGACUUUAGAUACAAGCAUUUUGGAGGACUCUAAUUUGAAAGGAGAACGUGAAAAUACAGCAUCAAAACAGGCUGAAAAUCUUCCAACCACAGGCAUGAGCUCAGAAAGCCUUCCGAUCACUGUGCAGCCCCAAGCAAAUACAGGACACACCGUGCUUGUUCCAGGACUGAUAUCUGGGUUAGAAGAGGACCAGUAUGGUAUGCCACUGGCUAUUUUUACAAAGGGGUACCUUUGUUUGCCAUACAUGGCCCUGCAGCAGCAUCACCUUCUGUCAGAUGUAACAGUCCGCGGCUUUGUUGCGGGAGCCACCAACAUCCUGUUCCGUCAGCAGAAACAUCUGAGUGAUGCAAUUGUGGAAAUAGAAGACGCUCAUGUACAAAUCCACGAUCCCGAACUCCGUAAGAUCCUCAACCCAACAACUGCUGACCUGAGAUUUGCAGAUUACUUGGUGAAGCAUGUAACUGAGAACAGAGAUGAUGUUUUCCUUGAUGGCACUGGAUGGGAAGGAGGAGAUGAGUGGAUCAGGGCUCAAUUCAGUGCUUAUCUUCAUGCCCUGCUUGCUGCUGUGCUGCAACCAGACAACGAAAAGACCUUGUCAGACUUUGGAACAGCGUUUGUAGCAGCCUGGAAAAAUACCCACAACUACAGAGUAUGGAAUAGCAACAAGCAUCCAGCUCUUGCAGAGGUAAAUUCUAGCCACCCAUUCCAGGGACAGUACUCUGUAUCAGAUGUAAAGUUAAGAUUGUCACACUCUGUGCAAAACAGUGAACGUGGAAAGAAGAUUGGAAAUGCAAUGGUUUCUACCAGCCGAAAUGUUGUACAGACAGGAAAAGCUGUAGGUCAGUCAGUCGGAGGAGCCUUCACAAGUGCGAAAUCAGCAAUGUCAUCGUGGUUUUCCACUUUUACACAGUCAACCCAAAGUCUUGGGGACUAAAUGAUGGUUUUGCACAAUGCUGCUGAAUAUUUCAGGUGCAAUGUUUUCUCUGAGCUGUAAAGAGACUGCUCCAAAACACAGGCAUGGAGAUUAACUGUCCAGGACCAAAACAAGGUAUAUAUUGCUUGCAAGUGGAUGAGAAAAGUUACCAUUCAGUUUCACUAGAAGUACAGAAGAACGGUGAGUGUCUCUAUACAGUGGGAAGGCAUUUGCAGUGUAUUGGCUGUAUUUAAAAUUACUGCUGUUCUUCAAAACUGAGCCUUUGUAAAGACAUUAGCAAACAGGGCUUGUUGCAAGUCCGGUGUGUUUGACUUUAGAUUUGUACAUUUUUUGGAUGUUGAAAAUAUUUAUGUAAAUUAGUUAUAUUUUUCAAUCCAGAUAGCCACAUGUUUGUGGACUCUUGUUAGAAGUAAGCAGAGUAUAAAUAUUGAUUCCUCUUUCAGGUUGGAUUUGAGAGCAUUGCUGCAAAAAUAUACAGUGGAAACCCUUAAAGGGUUCCCAGUCAGUUGGAACUUUCUCACUUUCACCUGCAAACUAACAUUGGCAAGGUGCAGAGUGGGGCUGUGGCUGAUUUAAGGGUCUUUUUCCUUUCUCCUCUGCAGCCAUGUACGGUUAAUUGUGUUAAACUGUCCCUAGCUCUCUUUGUGUUCCCAGAUCUGUGUGACAGGUGCAAAAUCAGUAUUUUCUUGAUGUUACUCAGUAGGCCUUUGUAACUUUGCAUAUAUUUUGGCUGUGGUUUUACCCUGGGAUGAGAAUGGGAUUCCAGUUGGAGAGAUCUUUUCAGGAAAAGUAUUACAAGACAAUUCUCCCAAAUUGGGAUUGGAUCAUAGACAGUUUUCUGAGGUUUUGCUCUAUUAGGAUGUAAUCGUACAUAUAUGAAAACGAAGUAGUAAACCUGCUUAAAACUAGCACAAACUGUGCAUAGUUUUUAUUUGCCAGUAAAGUUAUGACGACUCUUCUAAAUGAAAAUCAGCUGUAUAGAUUUUCUGUGUUGACUCAGGGAAUGUUCUAUUUGGAUCACUUUUUUUUUUUUUUUCAUGAGGAAAGGAACACCAGAAUUGAGAGAAGAACUGAAACAACUCAGUUCAUAUCCUUGUGGGAAGAAAUCUAAUAGUUAAUAUGAAAAGAUGUGGCACAAAUGCUGUAUUUCAUAUGUAACAUGCAUGCGGUGUCUUCUGUAUGCAAGUGUGUUCCACUUCCCAUGGUUCCUAAUUCUGAGAGAGAUUGUUUCCUAUUUCCUGCAAUGUGUGUGCCUCUCUAUGCCUGCCACCCCCACAGAAGCUGUUAACAUUUUCUGCAUUACACUAUCAAGUGUUCCAGCUUGCUGUAGUGAAAGGCACUUGGUUUAUUGCCUCAUCAGUACCUGCCAGCAUUUUGCCAUGUUCUUUUCUGGGGCCAAGAUUUCAAGCAAUGGUUAUUUCUUCUGUUCCUCAAAUAAAAUACAGGAGCUGUACAAGAGUUAAACAAGAAAGCUCAAAUGUAAUUUUUUUGAAGUAAAUUAAGUUAUAAUUCCUUAAGGUGCAUUUGAAAAGCUAAUAGAAAAAACACACUUGUAUCACAGGGUUACUGCCCAUAAACUGAAGGUUUCAAUUUUUUUUUACUUCAAAUAGCAAUUUGAAAACACAGGAUCUGGUUUGAAGCCUUUAUUACUAUUUUCCAGGACAAAUUAGAUAGAAUGACCAUGGAGAAACCUGAGAAAUAUACAGUUAGUUUGAGUAGUUUCAUUAUAGAAGGGCAAAAAAGGCCCCUAAAGCUGUAGUAACCUGCUGCUUCUGAUAUACAAGUAAAAUGUAUCUAUAGAACUGCAACUAUUGCUCCUGGUCUAUUGUGUGUAUUUGUGUAUCUUCUAAAACUUCUGAUGCUCUUCUUUUUUAUUCCACAACUCUCUAAUUCAUAUAGUUCUAAUUCAUAUCUUCUCAAGACUGAAUAAUACUUGAUAUGCAAGAAGAGCUCUGGUGAAGUGAAACUAGGGUUGCAUUUAUUCAGGAUGAGUCUAGAGCUUUCUGAUUCAGCAUGCAAUUGAGAGAGUAAUCAAAAAUAAUCACUUGCUUUUGUGAAAUGGCUAACGUAUCUGCUCUCUGGGAUUUAAGUGGUCAGGCUUUGUGUUGUAGUCAAGAUUGAAUAAAGGUGCAUAAAGGAUUUAAGCACCUCUAAAACUAACUCCAGCAAUUUAAGGCACACCAGGUAAAUUAAGGUGUACAGCUCACAGUAUUGACUCCAGGAGCCAGGCAAGUGGUUGGUGUUUACAUGUACAAGGUAUAAAAACAGGAUCUUCAAGGAUCUUUUUUCAAUAUCCUUCCUUGUCACUUCUUCACCUGAGUUUCUUCUGUAGAAUUCUCCUAUGCUCCAGAUCGGUAUAGCUGGUUUGCUAGCUCUCUGCAUUCCCCUUGCAUCCACAGACACCCUUGCUGGCCCAAGGAUUUUAGAAAGCUGUUAUUUCUAGUUUUUUUUCCCAGUAGAUUGAUCUGAGGGGAGGCAGAACAAGGUGCUCUCUGCAGUGCUAAGCUGAUGCACGGCUGCUUGCUGCUUUGUGCUGGGACUCUGUCAUCAUACUUCACAGUAUUUCUUUUAUGGGCAAGAAGACCAGACAGAUCUUUGUCUGCAGUAUUUUUCCCACUUUUCCAACUGUCUCUGUUUUGGAGCCAAACAUACAACCUGAUAAGGAGUAUUUCCUUUCUUUACGAAUGAUAGAAUAAGAAACUUGUAUUCAUUUUCAAUCUUAUUUAAAAACAGGCAUCCUGCUAGCAAGUUGGACUGUGAUUUAAUUUCAUACGGUAAUUAAGAUUUAUGCAGCAGGUGGAGGUGAAAUGAUCUUCAUAAUAUUUGGCCUUAAUUAACAUGUAUAUUUGCUUUUGGACAUUUGCUUAAACAUAGUUUUGGGCUGUAGGAAAGCAUCCACCCACUGAGUUUCAUCUAAGCUCAUAUAGUCCUCCCCUUAAUGUAAUGGUUGUUACCUCUUUAGUUAGAUCCAAUGCAAAUGCAUGUUAUUUUCCUCCCCUUUCUUUUAAAAUUCCUGGUACAAGGGUGAUUACUUAAAGAUUUAGGCAGACAACUUCCAUUUCAAAAGAUCUUGACAUCCAUCUCUGCACUGCAAGAAACUCCAACUCCUAAAUGAAUUUUGGUGAUGGUGCCUCUUCUGAGUCAACUGUGAACCUGUUGUUGCAGCCCUGUCAUGAUGUGUGUUGCAAAGGUAUUUCUGGCUGUCAGUGUGCAGCAUGAAAUAACUUGCAGGCAAGACAAGAGUGCACCUCUAGACUCUCAAAGGCAUCAACCUGUGUUUUUGCUAUGCACCAGAAUUUGAGGAACUUGUUGACCUAGUAUUUCAUUUGUUCAGCAUUUUUCAUCAGUCAUUUUCACGUCAUAACCUUAAUUUCUGUGCACAUCUGACACCAGUUUCCUCAAAUACCACAAUAUAAUUAUCAUUUUUAGAUCAGUGUUCUAGUACUUCGCACUUGUCUGACCUUGUACAUGUUUUAAGCACCUUUGUAAUUAGAUUCAGUAUUUUGCCUAAACAAGCUUCUGAUUUCCAUAGAAAUUACUAUUAAGCAGAGAAACGAAUAUGGCAGUAUUUAAUUGUGAAGGCAUGAAUGCAGUUUUUAAACAUCAAAACUGUUGCUUGAUAAUGGAACAUACAAUUAAUGUAUUUGAUUUUUCUUGUGUUGCUUGAAAAAUAAAUACAUCCAGCCUGUUUGAAGUUCUGUCUGCUCAAAAAGCUGAAUUAUUUUAAGAAAUUAAUUCCAUCAGAAGACACAUGCAGGCAUCUGGUUUUGAUGUUGGUAGCUGCUUGUAAUACGCUGGCAGUCUUUUUGAAAUUUGUCUUCCAUUUAAAACGAUUGUGGAUGUUCCUUUUUGCAAAUGUAGGACAAGAGGAUCCUCUAGUCUGACUCUUUAUUCUCUACUGGGCACUGAAUCAUUGUGAAUUGAUUAAAGUCUUCAGUAGGUCACAGACCUCUCUUACGUCAGUAAGAACUUUAGGUACGACUGUAAAAUUUUGAUGUAGGUUUAGCUUAAAAAUAGUACAUAGCUCAUAUGGAUUGUGACAUCUAGUCAAAAUCAGGAUGCCGAGUAAACUAAUUGCUGCACAUUCAGUUCUCUGCCACAGUGAGCUCUUUCAAAACUUUAAUAUUUCUGCCAUCACUGUACCUAGCUGAGGAUAAUUUGGUACAUUGCUGUUUCCAGUUGGAGGAAACUAACUGCCUUAAAUAACAUUCGGAUGUGAAAUAGGUGAAGCUUAUGUCUAGAAAAUGGUUGCAAUUCUCUAAAACUUAAGAUUUUUCCAACCAUGUGCAAGUGGUUGUGCAGGGACAUAAAUGAAAGAUAAAUUUACAUAACAUUGUUUGUGCAGUGUAAUUUUACAGUCUUGCAGGUAUUAGUUUUCAUAAAAAAGGCAACAUUGAGAAUAUUUGAUAAAGGCAGAAACACUACAAUAUUGUACUAUGAUUAAAGAUGUAUGACAAAUUGCUU